UUCAACUGAACAAGGAAAACAUUAUGAAUGUUAUAGAGUUGUUCGCUUGACUACUUACCGGAUGAAAUAAAUGGUUGUGUCAACCAUGAAUCAAAUUAGAAGUAAACGAAAAAGCAGUACGCAAUGGAUUUCCGACAGAGUGUGCUAUCAUGCACCAAAACAUCUCGAAAGUGUUUUAUUGCAAAAACAACCGAUGGGUUGUGCGAACAGACAAUUCGAAUAUUGGCAUGGGUCAUGAAAACUCUAGAUUUAAUCGAAAACACAAACGUUUUGUUGUCGAUGGUGGAAGUUUCGAAUCGAUCUCCGUCAUCGGCCCAAUACUAGAUCAAAACGAGUGUCAUUGUAAAUGGGGACAGUGGCAGUCAUGGUCGUCUUGUACUACGUCCUGUCUUGGCAUUGGAGGGAUUCAAACGCGGAGACGAACCUUGUACCACGACUCUCGAUCAGAAUGCUUUAGAGCAGAUGCAUGCUCUUACUCACACCUUGACAAUCAGAGUAUUGUCUGCAAUUCAAUGUGUUACCCGGACGGAACUAUAUUGAUUGGUGGCAAUUAUCCAAAUAUACAAAUCUACCGCCAGUUACCAUGUUCAUGUCCUCGGGGAACUAUUGGUACUCCUGGGGCAUGCUGUCAAUCAAUAACCUGUGGAACACCAAGUGCCAUUAGUCACGGAAGUUUUUCAGGAUCCCUCUUCACGUAUGGUUACAGUAUUCAAUACUCUUGUGACAGAGGCUACAACUUAAAUGACCGUUCUCUAUCAGUUCGCAUAUGUACAGAAUAUGAAAUCUGGUCUGGGCGAUUACCAAAGUGUGUGUAUUACGCCUGCAGCAUCAACCCUUGUAGAAAUGGCGCUGCAUGUGUUAAACGAAACGAUGGAUAUUAUUGCUCAUGUGGACUAUUCUGGGCAGGCACAAACUGUGAAAUCGAUAUACAACCCCCAGUGGUAUCCGGAUGCCCUGCAAAUCGUUUUAUACAUGUAUCAAAUAAAACAAGCGUUCAGACCUGGCAUGAACCAACCUUUCACGAUCCUCGAGGCAAUAACGUCGUGGUGACUAAGAACUAUCCAUUCAGUUCUUACGAGUUCCCUUGGGGCAUUUAUACUGUUCAGUAUACAGCUGUGAAGCCAUCAAAUGGUUUGUCGGCUGAGUGCACAUUUCAAAUAACCAUUCAUCCCCAUCCGUGUCCUAAACUACCUGUACCGAGACAUGGACUUACAGCUUGCAACGGAUGGCAGACAGACUAUGCCAAGGUGUGCAAGGUAUAUUGUCUUGAGGGUUAUUCAUUGCCUCCGCUGGACAAGCCAAAUCUGAUAUUCAGCUGUGGAUCUUCGGGGUCCUGGCGACCUGCUACACAGGUUCAGGAAUGUAUACAAUUGGGAACCUUUGUUACGAAGAAGAUGCCAACAUUUAGAGAGUGCAGCCUUUCGAAUGACGAUAUACGACUACAGUACAUUACAGACCUUAAACAUUCGCAAUUUAAUUUACUUUGUGUGAACAAUGAAGAAGAAUGCACGAUGAACAAUGUCAACAUUUCGUGCACGUUACCAUAAUUUGUAUGGUACUUUUUAAAAUAUCAUGUUAAGUUCACGACAAAAAAAUGUUUGUAUUAUAAAUUCUUAUAUGUUGAACACAUACUGUUGUACCUAUCAUUUUGAAAGGCACAGUUGUAAUUUAAUAUAUUAUUUCAUGAUUUUGAUGUAAGUAAAAAAAAAAUAUUGUUUUAAGACUUUCAAACGAUAGACUAAAAUGCCAAUAUAAGUUAUGCGGUUAGAACACUACCACUUAUUAGGAACAUACAUCUGCAUACAUUUUUCUAAGAUGAAAACUCUUCGAUAACAGAAUACAUUAUUUAACUACGAAUGUCAGGUAAUAAUAACACAUAAAGUGUUUCAACAAGCUUUUUUAAACUGUGUACAUGUGUAACUAUGUUAUAUGCGCACCUUGCGAUUAUACUGAACUAUGUUACAAGGAACACGCGUAGGUUUCACAAACAAACAACAAUUAGCAAAUGUGACAUUUUGUUAACCCCAACCAUACAAAUAAUUAUAUACCAUCUGAACGUUUAGAAAGUAUUCCAAAUGAUUAAUAUAGAAGACAUUUAACAGAAGACAGGCAAAACGUGUCAAGCACUACUCACAGAUAUUUGAUAUUUGAUAUGACAUGUUGAUACAGAUGGUAGUUAUUUUGACAAUAAAGACUUGAGCACCUGUUCACAGGCUCUAAAAUUUA